AUGUUGGGCAUAUUUUCACUAGCAGCACAUCUCAGAAUCCAGUCUGCGUUGACUAUCGCUCAGGCAAUGCGCGGGUUUGCAGAUCACGGGUCAGGCUCGCAAAGCAAUCAUCUCGCUCACUUCAGCAAAAGUUUUCUCCUCACAUUCCAAGCCUGUCUGACUUUAAAAUCCUUGGCUCAGAGUAAAAACACUAUGCAAACUCUGCGUAGGUGGCUGUACCGAGCUUCCACUGACAUGUGGUUCGGUCUGCCGGGCCGAGCGGAAGCCAUGGUUCCGAUUAUCUUACCACGGCCUCACUCCAAGCUUCGAACCUUGGCUUUUUCUUGUCUUUUUUCUUGGAAGAGGAGACACGUUCCAUGGGGUUGUUUCAUCCAAGCAGCCCAGACCAGAUCGGCUUUUUGCCGCAACAAGGAACAUCGUGGCGGCCGAUUUGGUAAUAUACGCUCCCAUGCCCUACUAUAG